AGUCUGCUGUAAAUAUUGAGUUUUCGCGUUAGAAGCGGUGUGGUCGGUGUGGCUAGUAGGAAUAAUCUAGUACUACAUCUAAGACUCUAGUCUAGUCCACGGGCAAAAACUUCGUGUGCCAUAUUAAAUUUAAAGGGCACGUGAAUAGUUGUCAGAGAAAAUCAGCGCCGAUAGCAGAUAUUCUCUCACUUGUUCAGGCUGUGUGUCAAUUGUUAAUCAAGGAAUAUUUACUUACCGUCAGAUUUUGUGUCAAAAAAGAUGGUGGUACAUACAGUGUUGCUGGAUUUCACCGUAUCAAGUAACGUGAUCAGUGAUGUGGAGAAACGAUCAAACUUGAAAACUACAAUUUCUAAUGUCCUGGGGGAGCAUAUAGGCAGUUUAAAGCCACUGACUGAAAUGAAUAUAGAUGAAAGUCUUCUUUUGUUAUACACUGGUGUGAGAGGAACUCUUAUUACUGUACGAGCUUACCCUAAAGGCCUAGUAACAGUAAACAUUGAGUAUUAUAAAGGGGACAACGAAGAGAGUCUACUUAAUUUUGAGACAGCGAGAGACCUGGAGACAGCAUUGCUGGCGGCGGCUGCUGCCACCCGGUCCCACACGCUUGCCCCCAUUAAACGUGGUGGCCAUUAUGAGCGAUUCUAUCCAACUGCCGAUGAAAGACUGCUUGAAUAUGACAUUGACAAACUGGUCUUUGAAGCACGGUCACCGUAUCAGAAAGUACAGAUUGUUCACUCCAAGUCACUUGGAAACAUGCUGGUUCUAGACGAAUUGCAAAAUAUGUCAGAAGCAGACAUGAUUUACACAGACACGUUGAUGCAGCGCGAAAAAGAAAACUACACAGGGAAAGAAAUUGUUAUUCUUGGAGGUGGUGAUGGGGGAUUACUUUGGGAACUAUUGAAACAAAAACCACAAUUUGUAACAAUGCUCGAGCUUGAUGAAGUUGUCAUCAAAGCAUGUAGCCAGCACAUGAGAAGUAUAUGUGGUGACUGUCUGGACAAAAUGAAAGGUGACAACUAUGAGAUCAUAGUAGGUGACUGUGUGAAGACUCUAAAACACAUGAUCGAAGAAGGACGUCAAUUUGAUUACGUUUUUGGCGAUUUAACCGACAUACCUAUCAGUCCAACACCUGACGGAGAUGCGUGGGACUUUAUUAGGCUGAUAUUAAAUUCGUCUUUUAAAGUAUUAAAACCGGCGGGAAAAUUCAUGACUCACGGAAGCGCACCGUCGUGCCCAGAUUCAUUGAAAAUGUUUGAAGAAGUUUUAUCCGAGUUGCCUGGUCCUGUUACUUUUACAAAGGCUCAAGCCUUCAUUCCGUCAUUUUACGAAGAUUGGGUCUUCUAUCAAGUUUCAUUGAAAUGAUGGAUCAAACACGGUAGACCCAGCAUACUCACAAAUCUAAAGAAAUUCCCUCACCAACUCAUACAUUUAUGACCCAAAUUCAAUUUUAGUUUCAUGUUGGAGUUUAGCAAUUCAGUUCCUGUUGAAGCUGCUAUACAUAUAUCUUUAGGUAUCAUGCAAUGAGACCAAAUUCGAAAAUGGUGAAGUAAGAUUGAAGGCGUGAUCUACGGAUAACCUUGAACAAUUCGCCGUAUGAUUUGUAAAGCCUUGGUAAAUUUGUGUAUAAUAUUACACAAUCCAUUGUUCCUACUGUACUUUUAACUUACAUCCUUUGAAUCUUUAUCUCACGUAUGUUGAAAUUCGUGAACUUUAAAAAUUGGAUCAGAUAAUUUCUGGCCAUCGUCAUGAAGUGAGAAUAUAAUUUGAUGUGAGCUAAAUUUAGGUAUUUGGUAGUGCAAAAUGAAACUGCUAUUCCCUGUUGAGACCCUCAAUGUUGCACGGAGUUUACACCGAAGUUAUCUUAUUACUAAUAAAAUUGAAUUACAUAUAUGCAAUAUAGGUUGCGAAAAUAUUUUGCAUAUUCUGAUUACUGAGCGUAUACGAUUCAUAUGUCAACUAUUACCAUUAAAACAUUUUCUUAUUCACUUGCAUCUACUUACUUGACGUGUUGCAAGCACGAUAAAUUUGAUAUUGAUUUAAAAUCUAUUUCAUCAUCUUCAUAUCUAUGCUUCUCUUCAGAUUACGCAGAUACAUGAUAUAUAACAUAAUUCAAUGUGUUGCUGCUUUUAUCAGUCUUCUCGAUUUGAAUAAAGUAUGCUGUAUUGACAACUGUUCCUAGUGUAAUAUUAAAUGCAAGCUUAUUUAUUUCGGAAAUAUCCGGAAUGAGUAAAGUAGUCAUUGUUCAUAAUCUAAACUUUAGGAACCGCUGUAAUAUAUAGUAUAAGUAUAAUAAAAUUUUUAAUUUGCGACAUGUAGGUGAUCAUAGUUGUUUUAUGGCUAAAUACAAAAUCUUGUUUCAUAAUCAAGAUUUAAUUUUCUCAAAAAAUGUUCAAUUCUAAGUUAAAUUCCCAUUUGACAUUGUAUAGACGGUUAUAAAAAAUAUUUUACUUUCUGGAUCUUUAAAGACUGGUGGUACUAUCUCUUUAAAUUGUUAUUGUUAUUUCCUCUUACUCUAUCGAAAAGGCAAUGUACACACAUUAAUGAAUGUAAUGAGAGAAGUUAAUUUAAUCCAUUAAAUGAAGAGGCGUUGAAUGAAAGCUGAAAUUGGAUGUUGUAUUUUUGUUCGUUUAUCUAAUUUAAGGUUAAUUUUCUAUUAAGAUAGACAAAUUUCAUGGUAAAUAUGUCAAACCAAUGUAUAUAUUCUUCUUAUCAUAAACUGUGGGAGAAAGUUGGGACUCUUUCACGCAAUUACUGUGUUCGACAUGCAAAUUCACAUUUGUAAGUGCAACUUUGAUUUUUCUUAAAUUUGAUUUCAACUAAAUACAGACUGCAGCUAAAGCUUGUGAAUAUAAGAAAGUACUAAACGUCAAGCAUUGGCAUGAAUCGAUUUUUCUCCGUAAAAUAUCUGAGACCUGAAGUUUAACUGAUUACAGAGAUUCCUUUACUUGAUUAGGUUUUUGUAACUGCAUUGGCCAUGGUACAUAAAGUGAGAAUGAAGCGUCAGAUUAAAGUAUACAUAAUACUAUAUUUAUUAAUAUAAUAUCCCGAUCAUUUUUACAAAUUUUUGUUUUCUUAUACAUGUGGAUGUUCAUUCGAAACAUAGAAACGAAAGCACAAAAUUGAGAAAUACAUCACAAGGAGAUGACAAGGACCUAUUAUAAAUACGGUAAACAUAAGUAACGCAAGAAAUAAAUAAAUUACAGUACAUCAUUUAAGUAGUAGCGAUGGAAAAUCAGACUUUUGGUUUACUUCCCAUACCCGUGGAAACUUUGGCCCCGGUUUA